AUGCUUGGCGUUGGGAAUGAAGGAAUGUCUACACUACCCGGAUUGAAUCAAAUACAAUUUGAAGGGUUUUCUAGAUUCAUUGAUCGGGGCUUAACAGAAGAACUUUUAAAGUUUCCAAAAAUAGAAGAUACCGAUCAAGAAAUUGAAUUUCAGUUAUUUGUGGAAACAUAUCAAUUGGUAGAACCCGCGAUAAAAGAAAAAGAUGCUGUAUAUGAAUCACUUACAUAUUCCUCUGAAUUAUAUAUAUCCGCGGGAUUAAUUUGGAAAAACAGUAGGGAUAUCCAAGAACAAAUUAUUUUUAUUGGAAACAUUCCCCUAAUGAAUUCCCUGGGAACUUCUAUAGUAAAUGGAAUAUACAGAAUAGUAAUCAAUCAAAUAUUACAAAGCCCUGGUAUCUAUUAUCGGUCAGAAUUGGACCAUAACGGAAUUUCGGUAUAUACUGCCACAAUAAUAUCAGAUUGGGGAGGGAGAUUAGAGUUAGAGAUUGAUAGAAAAGCAAGGAUAUGGGCUCGUGUAAGUAGAAAACAGAAAAUAUCUAUUCUAGUUCUAUCAUCAGCUAUGGGUUCGAAUUUAAGCGAAAUUCUUGAGAACGUUUGCUACCCUGAAAUUUUCUUGUCUUUUCUCAAUGAAAAGGAGGAAAAAAAAAUAGGGUCAAAAGAAAAUGCCAUUUUGGAGUUUUAUCGACAAUUUGCUUGUGUAGGGGGAGAUCCCAUAUUUCCUGAAUCUUUAUGUACGGAAUUACAAAAAAAAUUUUUUCAACAAAGGUGUGAAUUAGGAGGGAUUGGUCGACGCAAUAUGAACCGAAGGCUGAAUCUUGAUAUACCUCAAAACAAUACAUUUUUGUUACCGCGAGAUAUAUUGACAGCUGCCGAUCAUUUGAUUGGAAUGAAAUUUGGAAUGGGUACACUUGAUGAUAUGAAUCAUUUGAAAAAUAAACGUAUUCGUUCCGUAGCAGAUCUCUUACAAGAUCAAUUUGGAUUGGCUCUCGUUCGUUUAGAAAAUAUAAUUAGAGGAACUAUAAGUGGAGCACUUAGAUAUAAAUUGAUACCGACUCCUCAGAAUUUGGUGACUUCAACUCCAUUAACAACCACUUAUGAAUCUUUUUUUGGAUUACACCCAUUAUCUCAAGUUUUGGAUCGAACCAAUCCAUUGACGCAAAUAGUUCAUGGAAGAAAGUUGAGUUAUUUGGGUCCUGGAGGAUUGACGGGGCGAACUGCUAGUUUUCGGAUACGAGAUAUUCAUCCUAGUCACUAUGGACGCAUUUGCCCAAUUGACACCUCUGAAGGAAUCAAUGUAGGACUUAUUGGAUCUUUGGCAAUUCACGCAAGGAUUGGUCAUUGGGGAUCUAUAGAAAGUCCAUUUUAUGAAAUUUCUGACAGAUCAAAAAGAAUACAAAUGCUUUAUUUAUCACCAAGUAGAGAUGAAUACUAUAUGGUAGCGACGGGGAAUUUUUUAGCACUGAAUCGAGGUAUUCAGGAGGAACAGAUUGUUCCAGCUCGAUACCGUCAAGAAUUUCUUACUAUUGCAUGGGAACAAGUUCAUCUUCGAAGUAUUUUUCCCUUUCAAUAUUUUUCUAUUGGAGCUUCCCUCAUUCCUUUUAUCGAGCAUAAUGAUGCGAAUCGCGCUUUAAUGAGUUCGAAUAUGCAACGUCAAGCAGUUCCUCUUUCUCGGUCCGAAAAGUGCAUUGUUGGAACUGGAUUAGAACGCCAAGUCGCGUUAGAUUCAGGAGUUCCCGCUAUAGCCGAACACGAGGGAAAGAUCAUUUAUAACGAUACUGACAAGAUCAUUUUAUAUGGAAAUGGGAAUGCUCUAAGCAUUCCAUUAAUUAUAUAUCAACGUUCCAACAAAAAUACUUGCAUGCAUCAAAAAUCCCAGGUUCAGAAAGGUAAAUGCGUAAAAAAGGGACAAAUUUUAGCCGACGGUGCUGCUACAGUUGGCGGUGAACUCGCUUUGGGAAAAAACGUAUUAGUAGCUUAUAUGCCGUGGGAAGGUUACAAUUCUGAAGAUGCUGUACUCAUUAGUGAGCGUCUGGUCUAUGAAGAUAUUUAUACUUCUUUUCACAUAAGGAAAUAUGAAAUUCAGACUCAUGUCACAAGCCACGGUCCUGAAAGAAUCACUAAUAAAAUUCCACAUCUAGAAGCCCAUUUACUCCGAAAUUUAGACAAAAAUGGAAUAGUGAUCCUGGGAUCUUGGGUAGAAACGGGAGAUAUUUUAGUGGGUAAAUUAACGCCUCAAAUGGCGAAAGAAUCCUCAUAUGCCCCGGAAGAUAGAUUAUUACGAGCUAUACUUGGGAUUCAGGUAUCCCCCUCAAAGGAAACUUGUCUAAAACUACCUGUAGGUGGUAGGGGCCGAGUUAUUGAUGUCAGAUGGAUCCACAAAAAAGCAGGUUCUAGCUAUAAUCCAGAAACGAUUCAUAUAUAUAUUUCACAGAAACGUGAAAUCAAAGUAGGUGAUAAAGUGGCCGGGAGACACGGAAAUAAAGGUAUCGUUUCAAAGAUUUUGUCGAGACAAGAUAUGCCUUAUUUGCAAGAUGGAAGACCCGUUGAUAUGGUCUUUAAUCCAUUAGGGGUACCCUCACGAAUGAAUGUAGGACAGAUAUUUGAAUGUUCACUCGGGUUAGCUGGGAGUAUGCUAAAUAGACAUUAUCGAAUAGCACCUUUUGACGAGAGAUAUGAACAAGAGGCUUCGCGAAAACUAGUGUUUUCUGAAUUAUAUGAGGCCAGUAAACAAACAUCGAAUCCAUGGAUAUUUGAACCCGAGUAUCCGGGAAAAAGCGGAAUAUUUGAUGGAAGAACAGGGAAUCGUUUUGAACAAGCUGUUAUAAUAGGAAAGCCUUAUAUCUUGAAAUUAAUUCAUCAAGUUGAUGAUAAAAUACAUGGACGUUCCAGUGGACAUUAUGCACUUGUUACACAACAACCCCUUAAAGGAAGGGCCAAACAAGGAGGACAACGGGUAGGCGAAAUGGAGGUUUGGGCUCUCGAGGGAUUCGGUGUUGCUCAUAUUUUACAAGAGAUGCUGACUUAUAAAUCUGAUCAUAUUAAAGCUCGUCAAGAAGUACUCGGGACUACGAUCAUUGGAGGAACAAUACCUAAACCCGUGGAUGCUCCAGAAUCUUUUCGAUUGCUCGUUCGAGAACUACGAUCUUUGGCUCUGGAACUGAAUCAUUUCCUUGUAUCUGAGAAAGACUUCCAGAUUCAAAGGAAGGAAGUUUAA